CCAAUCAACAAGUCUGUUGUCUUCUUCCGGUCUACCUAACAUGGCUAACUCGCUCCAGUAGCACUGGUAGCAACUUGGGAAAAUCCGUAAAAUUCAGCAGCGUUAUUAUAUUUCCCAGGCAUUUUAUUCCAUUGAGUUGUUUAUUGUAACGUUUGCCGUUUUACUACUACUGCGGGACGCUGGAGUUUCACACUCGGUCUGGCUUCAUCUUGUGACGUCUUGUUCUUAGAGGGGGCUCCAUCGAGCAGGGGGGCCUAAAGUGUAGCAAUAGGUCCCUCGUCUUGUUUACUGAGUCCUCCCGAGACUCCCGAGUUGUCCAGCCAAGAUGUCCUCCAUCUUGCCAUUUACUCCCCCUGUGGUGAAGAGGCUUUUGGGCUGGAAGAAGUCGACCAAUGGGCCAGGUGGAGUGGGUGGGGGAGAACAGAAUGGCCAGGAGGAGAAAUGGUGUGAGAAAGCUGUAAAGAGUUUAGUGAAGAAGCUCAAGAAGACUGGGCAGCUGGAUGAGCUGGAGAAAGCUAUCACCACACAGAACUGCAACACCAAGUGUGUCACCAUCCCCAGCAAUUGCUCGGAAAUAUGGGGACUGAGUUCGCCAAAUAUGAUAGAACAGUGGGAUACUUCAGGCCUUUACAGCUAUUCUGACCAAACAAGAUCCCUUGAUGGCCGCUUGCAGGUGUCCCACAGGAAGGGGCUUCCCCAUGUUAUCUAUUGCCGUUUAUGGCGGUGGCCAGACCUUCACAGCCACCAUGAACUGCGUGCUAUCGAGGCCUGUGAGUAUGCCUUUCACCUCAAGAAGGAUGAGGUCUGCAUCAACCCCUACCAUUAUCAGAGGGUCGAGACCCCAGUUCUGCCUCCAGUUCUUGUGCCAAGACACUCUGAAAUUCUGACGGAGCUGCCGCCUCUGGAUGACUACACUCAUUCUAUACCUGAGAACACAAACUUUCCUGCAGGAAUUGAUCCUCCAAAUAACUACAUACCAGAAACACCUCCACCUGGCUACAUCAGUGAGGAUGGGGAGGCCAGUGAUCAACAGAUGAAUCAAAGCAUGGAUACAGGUUCUCCAGCAGAGAUGUCUCCGAGCACUCUGUCACCUGUCAAUCACAGCAUGGACCUGCAACCGGUGACUUACUCAGAACCGGCCUUUUGGUGCUCAAUAGCCUACUAUGAGCUGAACCAACGUGUCGGGGAGACCUUCCAUGCAUCACAGCCCUCACUGACUGUGGACGGAUUUACAGACCCUUCCAACUCUGAGCGAUUCUGCUUGGGUCUGCUGUCUAAUGUCAACAGAAAUGCCACUGUGGAGAUGACACGAAGGCAUAUAGGAAGAGGAGUUAGACUCUACUACAUUGGUGGGGAAGUGUUUGCAGAGUGUCUCAGUGACAGUGCCAUCUUUGUCCAGAGUCCAAACUGCAAUCAGCGGUAUGGAUGGCAUCCAGCAACAGUGUGUAAAAUUCCACCAGGUUGUAAUUUAAAAAUCUUCAACAAUCAGGAAUUUGCAGCUUUGUUGGCCCAGUCCGUUAACCAGGGCUUUGAAGCAGUGUACCAACUCACUAGGAUGUGCACCAUCCGCAUGAGCUUUGUCAAAGGCUGGGGAGCAGAGUACAGAAGGCAGACAGUCACGAGCACCCCGUGCUGGAUUGAGUUGCAUCUAAAUGGUCCUCUUCAGUGGCUGGACAAGGUGUUGACUCAGAUGGGUUCCCCUUCUGCACGCUGUUCGAGUAUGUCCUAAACAACAAUGGAACUCCACAGUCCUCAAAAGAAAACAAAUACAAAGAGCAAAUCUAAUAUUGAGACCCGUCAUGGAAAUCCCAGCAGAAUAAUUUGUGUUCAUUACAUAGUAUUUGUGACCUUUCACCACAGACCUCAAUACAUGUACGCACAUACACACCCCUACAAACACACAGACUUGAGUAAAGAAUUUGGCACUUUGUUAGUCAUCUUUGUCAUGCACCUUGUUAAACUGCUUCUCCCCAAAUCAUGUAUUGAUAUUCGAUCUAUCUGAGGUACAAAUGAUGUGUAAGGUGUUCUUGUUCAGGAAGUAGGGAAAAAAUACCAAAAAUGUUGGAAUAUUUCUCAGUUGCUGGCUUGUGUGCUGAAAGAUCUUUGCUCUGGACCUUCUCAAGUAUUGUUCUGAGCAUAUGUUUUCAUUUCUCAAAGAAAUAUUGCCCGUGUUUUGUCUGAGUUCAGGUAGCUGAGUGAAGGUGGCCGUGGAGUGGAACUUUUUUAAAAAUGUAAUGAAAUCAACCUCACUGUAUGCUAGACUUGAAUUUUUCCCUCCCCGGCCCCUGUUUUCCCCACCUAAACUCUUGUGUCGUUAUAAGACAUACUACUUAACUGACAAAUAGGAAUGUUGGUUUAAAAAUCCAAAAACGCUAAACAAACUGAAAGCUCAGUAUGUUUGUUAGUUUCUUUGUCAUUAUAUGGCAGUAUUUGUGUUCCUGGUGAAGUUAAUUUGCAUCCCAACACACGGCCUGUUUUACAAACUAGGCUUUGAGGGGUGCAUUGGGCAGGGACCAGAGAGUAUCAGCUAUUCGCAAGAGCUUAUUUUGUCUUUAUGACACAGCACUCUCUGAGGAGAGGCAUUGAAUUGUCUCAUCAAGAUUAAUUAAAGGUAUCAAUGAGUAUUCAUCAUUGGUUUUAGCCUAUAUCCCAGUUGUUUUGCUACUUUUUGUAUUCUCAUGUAUUUUUAUAUAUAAAUCUACUUAAUGUUGUCAUUCACACUUUCUAUUAAAGUAAUGUUUAAAAAACAAAGAUAGCUGUCAGCGAAACUGGCCUGGGGGGGCUUGGAACAUUCCUUUAUGUGGCCCAAAAUGUUCAGAUGGAAUUAAUUUCCAUUUGCAGCUCCUUGUCUCAGUGGUGAGGGGGUAUUUGCAACCAAGCAAUGGCCCUUCCUUCAUCUCUUCACAAAGACCAUGAUAGUAGCCUUUUUAAGCUUUGUCACCAUAAACUGUCAGCUAGCUUUCAAAGUGUUCUCAAAACAUGGGAGAUCACUUUUCUUUCUUCCCAAAGAAAAGUGCUAAUGUGCCGCUCAGUGGGCCCAGUGGUGUUAAGUGUACUGUAUUUGUUCUGUCUAUGAAAUAUAGUAAUACAACACUUA